AUGCCACUCACCAUUGUACAACUCGAUUUAAUUGGCCGAUAUCUUAAUAUAUAUUUCGGUUCAUUCAUGCUUAUUGCUGGUCUAUUAGGAUCAUGUAUUAAUUUAUGGUUAUUCACACGUCAUCGUUUUCGAAAAAGUCCAUGCUCAAGAUUUGUUAUUGCAUCUAGUUUAUUCGAUAUUCUUCAUUUAAUCGUAGCUCUAUUUCUUCGUGUUUUGGCUGACGGUUUUGGUAAAGAUCCAGCAUCAUCAAGUGUUAUUGGAUGUCGAAUUCGUUAUUAUCUAAUUACAUUUUCGGCUUAUGCAUCUCUUGGUUGUCGAUGUUUGGCUAGUUUUGAUCGAUAUGCAUGUACUUCUCGUUCUAUAUCAUUUCGAGAAUGGAGUUCAUUUAAAAUAGCAUAUAAUUUCUUAAUUAUAAACACUUUUAUAUGGAUCUGUUUUGCUCUACCAAAUUUUCUAUACUUUAAUCUCGUACCAAUUGGUCCUGCACGCGUUAUAUGCCAUAUUGCAGAAAAAGCAUAUUCCAAUUAUUUUGCAUAUUUUGUUAAUCCUGUUUUAUAUUUUUCUCUACCAUUGAUUAUAAUUAUUACAUUAGCGAUAAAAACUCAUAAAAAUCUACGCUUAAUGAACAAAACAAAACGAAUAAAACGUCUUGAACGACGAAUGGCUUCAAUGAUUAUUUUACAAGCUAUAACAAAUUCAAUCUCUUCAAUUCCAUAUGGUAUUCAAUUCUUUUAUUCUGUUAUUACAUUUACAUCAGAAAAAGAUGAAUAUCGUCGAGCUCAAGAAAACUUAUUUUUACAAAUUACUCGUCUAUCAUAUUAUAUAAACUUUAUAUCUGCUUUUUAUAUAUAUUAUGUUUCAUCAAAACAAAUUCGAUCAACAAUUAGACGAACUAUUCUAAGACAAAAAAAAUUAAGUACUCCAAGUACAUCUUCGAGUAGCAGUUCGAAAAAUCAAUUCAGUGACAAAUAUGCAUCGAGGAAAAGUUUUAAAUAA